UUGAUGAUUACAAUGUGGCGUUGGCAGAUAGCAGACGGUAGAGAAUUUUUUUCCCUUCCUCCUAUAAUAAUUUGGUCAGGCCUGCGCAAGCCACAGAGAAUUACUAUUCUUUCUCUGGGCCUUCAACUCAGAUUUGCUUUGUAACAAAGCUCCCAGAAUACAAAAUGCAUAAGAGCUGCGGCAAACAUCAUGGCAAAUUUCUGAGCAUUCGUGUACGGUGUCCUGAGAAUAAGUACUGGCGUUGGCUAUUGAAAGGCUUGCUAGUUUUCAUCGCAGUAGUGCUUUUCGUUUUCCUGGUCAUAUACUUAGCGCUCCGUCCGCAUAAGCCACGGUUCUUUGUGCAGGACGCCGUUAUCCGCAAGUGGAACGUCACAGGAGAUGGAACGCUCACCUCUGUCCUGCAGUUCACCAUCAUUUCACGCAACCCAAAUGGCCGGAUCGGCGUCUACUAUGACCGGAUCAGUGCCUAUGCCAGCUACAUGACCCAGCAGAUCACCCCCGACACCCCUUUAACACCGUUCUACCAGGGCUACAACGAUGCCAACAUUAUCGCCCCUGUUCUCUACGGGAGCUCCGUUCCGUUGGCUCCGGUUGUUGCAGAACAUUUGAGAGCCGAGCAGCAGAGCGGAGUUCUUUCUGUGAAUCUGAAGAUCGGGGGAAAGAUCCGCUGGAAGGUAGGGACGUGGACUUCUCGGUAUUACCAUCUGAAUGUUGAUUGUUUUGCUAUUAUGGGUUUUACCAGCUGUUGUAAUGGCGAUCAACUUCCUCUGGAGGAGGGCACCAGGUGUGAUGUGAGUGUUUGA